AUGAAUAAAAUUGAUAUAAUUAAAAAAUUUUCGCUUGAAUAUUCAGAUGAAUUUUUGAAAAGAGUAGAAAAUUAGAGUUUACCUUAAAUUAUUAAGUUCAUUUUUGAGAGUCCAAUUGCAAAAAUAGCUAAACCUAUCGAUUUGAAAAACCUAAAGCAAUUAAACAAACCCACAUUAUUUGAAAUUUCUGCUGUUUAAAAUAUAAGCGAGCCAAAAAAGACCCGGUAUUUGAAUACUAAGGAUUGUACCUUAUAAUUUAUUUUCUAUCCAAAUAUUGUUGCCAUCUCUUUAUAAAAACACCCUGAAAUAGAUUAAGACUUAUUUUAAUUGGAAGGAAAAAAAGUAUAAUUUCAAAAUAUAUAUUUAGAUAUUAAUUCCAUAGGGAACAGAAAUUUGUAGAUCUAUUUUGAUUUUAAAAUAAUUCACGCUUAUUAAUGAUUACAAUCAGUUACUUUGA